UGUACAUGGCCAUUGAUGCCGCUGGAUAAACUAAAUCAGCUAUGUAAAUAAUAGUGACUGGGGCGGUGGAGCUAACAUGCCGAAAUCUAUCACAGCCUAACAUGAGAAAAUAAUACAUGUCAUCUGGGUUUACUUUAUCCGGUUGACAAAACCACCGCGGCAGUCCUUUUAUGCACGUCUCGGAAUUUGGCUUUGACAGCUCGCCCGAUGGUUUUCUUCAUUUGACGCACGAAUAAAAAUCAGACGACGGGCGGUUUUUCCUAAUAACCCAUUUGGGAAAAACGGGUCAUUAUGACCUUAGUAUCCCCCUCUAAAAGAAAACCAUUGGAUUGCCUUUACGCAACAGCGUUCUGCUUGCAUUUCUUGCUGUGGAUUUUAUGCGCCGCGUCCGGAGAAGAGAUUCGUCAAUUCAGCGUUGAGGGAUGGCUACAGAAGUAUGGCUACCUUCCCCACACAGACCCCAGAAUGGCUAUCCUGCGUUCAGCCCAGACCAUGCAACAAGCCAUCGCAGCCAUGCAGCGCAUCUACGGCCUCAAUGUUACAGGGACACUGGAUGAGAGGACCACAGAUGAUAUCACACUAAGUUGGAUGAAAAGGCCGAGGUGUGGGAAUCCAGACAAACUAAAAGGCAACUCGAGGUCGCGGAAGCGGAGGUAUGCACUGACGGGGCAGAAGUGGCAACGAACACAUAUCACUUACAGCAUAAAGAACGUCACUCCCAAAGUGGGCGCCAGGGAGACCCACGAUGCCAUCCGGCGUGCGUUUGAUGUGUGGCAAGGGGUGACGCCGCUCCGCUUCGAGGCUGUCCCUUACAGUGCCCUGGAGAGCGGCCGGCGGGACGUGGACAUCACCAUCAUCUUCGCCUCAGGUUUCCACGGUGACAGCUCACCCUUCGACGGCGAGGGGGGGUUCCUAGCCCACGCCUACUUCCCGGGCCCUGGGAUUGGAGGGGACACCCACUUCGACUCAGACGAACCCUGGACCUUAGGGAACCCCAACCAUGACGGUAAUGACCUGUUCCUGGUGGCAGUCCAUGAGCUGGGUCAUGCCCUUGGCCUAGAGCACUCCAACGACCCCACAGCCAUCAUGGCUCCCUUCUAUCAGUACAUGGACACAGAGAACUUUAAACUACCUCACGAUGACCUUCAGGGCAUCCAGAAAAUCUAUGGUACUGUGUCUAUCUAUGGUCCGCCAGACAGGUCCUCCCAGCCCACCAGAGCCCCACCCACGGCCCCUCCCCCACGCUUCCACCCCCCCUCGGAACCCCGUAAGCACGACCGCCAGGUCCGGCCCCACCGCCCUCCUCAGGGCGCAAAACCCUCCAACCCCAACGCCAAUCCCAACAUCUGUGACGGAGGCUUCAACACCCUGGCCAUCCUCAGACAGGAGCUGUUCGUAUUCAAGGACCAGUGGUUCUGGAGAGUGAGGGACAACUCAGUGGUCCCUGGCUACCCUAUGGAGAUCAACUUCUUCUGGAGAGGCCUGCCCGCCAAGAUCGACGCCGUCUACGAAAACAGCGAGGGGAAGUUUGUCUUCUUCAAAGGAAACCGGUUCUGGGUGUUCAAGGACACUACUUUGCAGCCCACCUACCCUCAGGACAUCUCUCUGUUUGGGAGUGGGAUGCCCACCCAGAGUAUAGAGACUGCUGUAUGGUGGGAGGACGUAGCCAAGACAUAUUUCUUCAAGGGAGACAGAUAUUGGAGGUACAAUGAAGACAUGAGAAACAUGGACCCUGGUUACCCCAAACCCAUCACAGUGUGGAAGGGCAUCCCUGACUCUCCUCAGGGAGCGUUUGUGGACAAGGCCAACGGAUUCACCUACUUCUACAAGGGGAAGGAGUACUGGAAGUUCAACAACCAGCGGUUGCGUGUGGAGCCGGGCUACCCCCGCUCCAUCCUGAGGGACUUCAUGGGCUGUGACGGCCUACCAGCUGACCCCGACUGGGACUGGAGCCCUCCGGAGGUGGAGGAGCGCCACUACGACAGCAGCAGUGGUGACGUGGACAUCAUCAUCAAGCUGGACAGCACGGGGGGCACGGAGAAGGCCGUGGCUAUCGCCAUCCCCUGUAUCCUGGCGCUGUGCAUGAUGGUCCUGCUCUACACCGUGUUCCAGUUCAGGAGGAAGAGCACGCAGAGACACAUACUGUACUGCAAGCGCUCCAUGCAGGAGUGGGUCUGAUCUAAACCUGAGAGGGGACUGGAACUGUAGAAGUGUAUGGAACUCCCACUAGGCACUGUAGGGAAGAGUUAUCAAACUCCUAUUGUUCUGUAGUUGUUGAACUAAGCCCUUCUGUGGAUGGACAGUAUAUACAGUACAGUAGAGGAGUCCUCCUAACAUGGUCAAAACAGUGCUUUGCCCUCUUUGUGACAUGCAAGGUGGAGUGAAGCUAGCCCUCUCAUCAUACACUAUGAGGGACUGUGGCUGCCAAUUCCAACUGAGGGGCAUUUGCUUUAACUCUAGACUAUCUUUGUGUACACUCAGUAGUUAUUGGAGAAAGAGGAAAGUUGUGUGGGACCUAUGUCUAUCUCUGUCUCUGCACGCCCCUAACAAGCCCUUACUAACUACAGUACAGUGGACCAUUUAGUAAUAGGCUACUACUUUUUAUUUUCGUGUCAUAGUAAAGUUCAAGUUGCCCAGACUCUGUGCUUUUUGAUUGAAUUAUCUUUAAAAGAUUAGUACUUGUGAGGUGGACUGUCUGAUACCCAAACCAAAUAUGACCUUUGACCUAUCUUCCUUUCCCAGAAAGGAUUAUGACUCUGGAUUCUUUGUUGGGAUGUUUAAUUCUAAUCCAUGGAUCUAACAUCAUUGUGACAUUCCAUCACACUCACGUUUUCUUUGACCAUGUCUUUUCCAUAUAUGCCUGUGACCAUCUGUCUGGUCUGGUCUGGUGUGCUCUGCUCUGGUGUACUCUGGUCUGGUGUGCUCUGGUCUGGUCUGGUGUGCUCUGCUCUGGUGUGCUCUGCUCUGGUCUAGUGUGCUCUGGUCUGGUCUGGUAUGCUCUGCUCUGCUCUGGUGUGCUCUGCUCUGGUCUGGUGUGCUCUGGUCUGGUCUGGUGUGCUCUGGUCUGGUCUGGUGUGCUCUGUUCUGGUCUGGUGUGCUCUGGUCUGGUCUGGUCUGGUAUGCUCUGCUCUCUGUCAAGUUUCACAUUUUAUUUGUCACAUGCACAAGUACAGUGAAAUGCAUAAAUUGCAAGCCCUACCGUGCAGUAUUUAAUGUCAAAAUAGUAUAACUAAUAAAAAAUACAAUAAAUAAAAAAAAAUGUGAGAAAUAAGAGAGGAAGCUAUAUACAGGGUAAGUGCCAGUACCAAAUUGACAAUGUCUGUGGUCUAAGGGAAGCAGCAGCAGUUAAACAAUUUAGAGGCGCACAAAGACAUUUAAGAGCACACAAAGACAUUUAGGAGCUCACAAAGACAUUUAGGAGCUCACAAAGACAUUUAGGAGCUCACAAAGACAUUUAAGAGCACACAAAGACAUUUAGGAGCUCACAAAGACAUUUAAGAGCACACAAAGACAUUUAGGAGCUCACAAAGACAUUUAGGAGCUCACAAAGACAUUUAGGAGCACACAAAGACAUUUAGGAGCACACAAAGACAUUUAGGAGCACAAUAAAAAAUAUUUUCGGUAACAAGCCGUUUUCUUUUUAGUAAUGGUGCAAGCAUGAUGGUCAUGAAUCUGGUCUCAGUGUGUUCUCCAUGGCGCUCAGGGCCUGUGGUACAGUGAAGUAAUCAUUGCAACAAUUAUCAUCUGGGUGAUUUGUUUCUAGGUGCACUGGUGCUCCUCAAUUAAAAUUCCAGGUCGCACAGCCAAAUAUUUAGGCGUAUAUGCGAGUAAAAUGGUCGCGCUGUAGAGCUCUGUUAUAUCACGUUCCUCUCGACGUGUGUGAAAUGACUCAGUAUGUGAGAUUCCCGGUGAAUGUGAAAACAUGUAUUAGCAUUUUUAGGGAUUGAGUUUGCCACGUUUGUUGUAAAACAUAUAUUUUUUUUAAACUUAAACAGGAUAUGGUCACUUAUGAAAUCAGGAUGUUGAACUCUAUAUCAACAGCUACAUCAAUAAUAUAUCUUAACCCUUCAAAAUCAUUAUCAAACCAUAAGACUAAUGUGUAAUAACAUGUUAUAACUAUCUUAUAACAACCUCAGUUAAUUUCUCAUUGUUGUUCUCCAUGGAUUGUUUAAAAGGGUCAUAACGAAUUGCUAUUCAUGAACUAAUGUACUGAUGGUAAUUGUAGUUUUGUAUUUGAUUUACAAGGCAGAGACAUCAUUUUUUUUCUAAACCAUGUUAAAUGUUCUGCUCCCCAGUCCUCUCCUCAUUUGCAGGCCAUUAAAUAUUAUGUUCACAUUGGCAGAGACGUUCUAAAGAGAUAUCUUUACUUUCUUCAAACAUGCAGUUUCUGUUGUUAUUGCAUUCUCAUAUGAUUUCAGCUGGAAGAAGAAAGCCUUCCAUGUUGUCCUACAUGUCUUAAUGGUAAGUGUGCUUGUGGUGAGGGUCUGAAAGACAGGUCUGAAAGCAUGGCAGGGUUGGGGUCAAGUCCAUGUCAAUUCCUGAAGUAUGCUGACAUUUCAAUUCCAAUUUUCAUCAACGAGAAUUUGGAAGUCAGUGUACUUCCUGAAUGGACUGAAUUAAAUUGAAAUAGAACCCAACUCUGAAGCAGAGCCAGGCUAGUUCAGUCAAUACUGUAUUUAUUGGUGUAUUUAUUCCUCUGUGCUCAUCAGCACCUUAAUCUCGUUGCAUUGUUCUGAGGGCAAGAUAAAGUCUGUCAAUAAAAUGGAUUUUA